GGGCGGGGCAGGAACGAACGCACGCGCGCGCGCGCCGGGCUGGGGCUUCACUGCCACCUGCCGGCACGGCACCGUCGUGAAGACUAGCUAACGCCUUACGGCAGCCGCCCGCCAGUCGCUUCGCGCCGACAUGAAGCGGAGGCGAUGUAGAUCUUAGCAGUGCAAGGCCUGGGGUGUGAAAGGAGGCAGCAGCAGCGCUCAGGAGCAGCAUGGACCCAGUAAUACUGAGCUACCAUGACAGCUUAAUCCGACGCUCAGAUCUGUCACUCCUCAACCCACCCAACUGGCUCAAUGACCACAUCAUUGCAUUUGCCUUUGAAUACUUUGCCGCUGAACAGUACAAGGAACUCUCAGACAGAGCCUGCUUCAUCAGCCCUCAAGUUACUCAGCUUAUUAAAUGCAUGGCCAGCCAGGACGAGUUGGCAAUCUUCCUGGAGCCACUAGCACUGGCACAGAAAAGCUUGGUCUUCCUUGCAGUCAAUGACAACUCUGUGCAGGCGGCUGGUGGGUCUCAUUGGAGCUUGCUAUGUUACAACAGAGAUAGAAACUGUUUCAGCCACUAUGAUUCCUGCAGCAACAUGAAUGAAAGCCAUGCCCGAAAGAUAGCGAAGAAGCUGCAACACUUUCUGGGAACCAAAUCUGAAGUGCCUUUCAUUGAGGAUUCAUCACCAGUUCAAAAGAACAGCUAUGAUUGUGGGAUGUAUGUGAUGUGCACUACAGAGGCUCUUUGCGAGCAAUACCUCAGGAAGGACCACAGGCCACCGGUCAUGGUUGUCACCCCAGUCUAUAUCACCCAGAAGAGAGUUAGCUGGAAAAAACUGAUCGAGCAGCUUUCAAAGAAAUGAUCACUUCUUUGUUUCUUUCUUGAGUGCAUCUGUGUGUUGAUUUCUGGAUGGGUUAGCCAACUGGUUUGAGAUAGACAUUUAAAUUUUGUUAAAGAGGUAAUCAUCUUUCUCACGAUCAGACUACUUUUCCAAGCUGGAGGAUAAAAGUCGGGUAGGUUUUGCAUGUUGUGAGACUUCAUUUGUAAGGAUACUAGGAAAUAUUGUUUCCCUCACUCUCUUUGUGGCUUCUUCAUUGAGACAGCUUGGAGAAGUGAUCAUGAAAAAGACUUUUGAUGAUGUAUUCAAACUUUCUAGAGCAUGCUGGAAAUAUGAUGCCUUACACAAAAUAAUUCUGUCCAUGUUUUCUGUUUGGUGCUUUGGGGGAGAGGUGGAGUGGAAUUUACAGCAUUAUAUUGCUAUAAUGCAUUUUAAAUAAGUAGUCCAUUGUUUAACAAUAUAUUGUGGUGCUCUGCAUCUCUUAAACUCACCUGUGACUGAAUUAUAUUCAAGUGAAAUUAAUCUGACUUCUUUCGUUUUUAAUGUUUCCUUACAUUUUGCUUGAAUCUGAAAACUUUGUGACUGAACACAACGAGAGAAACUGAGUUACCACAAUUGUGCCUGUAUCCAUUGGAGUUUAAAAGAAUGAGAGCUGUUAUUUAAACGUUUAGAUGCUGAGGAGAUUUCACAGGGCUGGUGCUGAAAAAAUGUUUUAACUGCUGAAAGAAUGUAGCGACAUUGUUUAAAAAUAAGGAAUCUCCCAUUUCAGAAAAAGGUGAGGAUUUUUUUCUCUCAAAAGGUCUUGAGUCCAUUGAACUCUCUUCCACAGAGAGAAGUCGGCAAUGAUAGAAACAAAAGAAUUACUGCUGCUGUAAAUCAGAGACAGAAACAGUUAUUGCUGGAUAAGCUCAGCAGGUCUGGCAACAUCUGUGGUGAGAAAUCAGAGUUAACGUUUUGGGUUGAGUAACCAUUCCUCAGAUACUUCUCGACCAACCAGGGAUUUAAAGGGUAUCUGGAGGGAUAGACAGGAAAGAAGAGUUGGAGCCAGACAAUCUUAUGAAAUGGCAAAGCAGACUCCGAGGCCUAAUUACAUACUCCCUCACCAAAUUCAAAUGUUUAAACAUUCUUCAUAAGUUUAGCCCAUCAUCCCAGGAAUUAGUCUAGUGAACUUUCACUGCAUGGCUUCUAUUGCAAUUAUAUUCUUUCUGGAAUAAAGAAACGAAACUGAACACAGUACACCUGAUGUGGUCUCACUAACGCAUAUUCCACUACAGCAAAACAUGCCUACUUUUAUAUUUCAGUCAUGUUGGAAUAAACACUAAAUUUCAUUUUCCCAACUAAUCAUUGUGCAAACUAACUUUGUGAUUUACGUCCCAGAACACCAGAUUGUUUUUUAUCACUGAGUUUGGCAAUCUUUCUUCAUUUAAAUAAGAUACUGCUUUUCUAUUCUACCAUGCAUUUUCCCACAUCAUACUCCAUUUGCCAAUUUUUUUCCCCUCUCGCUUAAACUCAUCUACACCCUUUUGUGAACUUGUUAUGUCCUCCUCACAACUUACUCUCCCUACCUGUAUGGCAUCAGCAAUUUUAGCAAUUUGUCGUAAUAUAAAAUAUUAUAUUUAUUAAACAUUAUCUUACUAUUUAAUCAUCUGCUGCUUUAGCUCAUUUCUUUCCAAUUCCUAAAACCUACGAAACUUUUAAUCUCUCUGUUUUCCAUGCGUUUUUCAAUCCACGGGCUUUAACAAACCCUAAACCUGGUGUCAACUUGUUGUAUACUUCAUUACAAAAUUUGCUCACCACUUUUCUAAGUAUUGGUAGAGUUCGGGGCCUUGACCAUUCCCUUUCCUCUCGCAUCGAGUUUCUCAGUAAAACUAAUUCUCUACAUUUUUGUUUUGCUCAUUUUGAGAUUUGUUCCAAUAUUGUAAUUCAUUAAGCAGAAAUUGUAACAUCUCAUGCAUUUUCUCAAGAUUCCUCAACUUCCUCCUCAGAAUCUCUUAAAUGAUAUAAGCAAUUAACACAAGACGGUUCUAGCGCUGACUCAUGGCUGCUGCAACAGAAGUAUGUUUGGGUUCCUGGCAGCAUCUGCACCCAACACAGAUUAUGGAGGCGGAGGCAAGUUUGGUCCCAAUGUGAGUGUCGGCGGGAUCGGGGGCAGCUUCAUUGGUGAGGUGGGUCCGAAUUGGACUCAUGGCAACAGCGGAGUCAAGUUUGACCUGGGGCAGUAUCCAGCAGCUGUACUGGCAAGGUCCUGCAAGGAGUCAGCGGUGAAGGCAUUGAUGGAGGAGAGAUGGUGCCACAGAGAGGUGACUUCACUUCCAGCAGCAACAGCAUGGUGAAGUGGACUCAUACCUGUCCACCAGGCUUAUGGAGGAGCACUUAACAAGAAGAACUAGAAAGUUGAACACUUUCUCUUUAUUUUUCUGCCUUUCUAUUUUAUAUUUUGAUUUAUUUUCCUGUGUUUUAAGAUGGCGCUGGAGUUUGGCGACUCUAUACAACACUUUACACUAUUUUGUUACAAAAUAGACGUGACAAUAAAUAAAUCAAAUCAA